UAGACAGCACUCCCUUCACACCUCAAUACCCACCUUUAGUCUCCCUCCAAGCUGCUCUAUCCUACAACAUGGGUCGUGAACUCCAGAAAAAGAAGAACAAGUCUUCGUUACCGAAGAAGCGCCAGAACGGCCCCUCCAAGAAGAAGCUCCUCCAGAACCCCAUCAUCGCGAAGCACUGGAAUCAAAAGGAAACCCUUUCACAGAAUUACCGCCGUCUCGGUCUUACAUCGCGCCUCAACCACGCUACUGGAGGUACAGAAAAGACAAUCGCCAUCCUUGGCCUGAACGACGGAAAAUCUUCGCGCGCCGACGCCGCCCCCAAUAGUACCGCGGAUGUGCUAAACAUAGUCUCCAAGGCGCCAGAGACGAUCGACGCCGAGGAAGUCGAAGUCGAGCGCGACCCCGAGACGGGCGCAAUUCUGCGCGUCACCGGGCAGUUCGAAACUAAAGACAACCCCCUCAACGACCUCCUCAAUGAGAUCGAGGACAGCGAUGAAGAAGUUGAAUGGGAUGGCUUCGCCAUGGUGCCUGAGCGUAGAGAGGGCGAGAACGAGAACCCCGUUAUCAGGCAACUCGAAGAAGCAGCGCGGAACGGCGCGAGGAAAGCGCCAAGGGGACAAAGUCAGCGGGAGCAAGAGUGGGCCGAGCGGCUCGUGGGCAAGUACGGGGAGGAUUACGGGCGCAUGGCAAGGGAUCGCAAAUUGAACCCCAUGCAGCAGACCGAGGCGGAUAUCAGGAAACGCGUCCUCAAGUGGAAGGCAGCGCAAGAAAAGGAAUGAGCACGUUUUAAACAACUUCGUUGCAUUAUGCUCACUUGGUCACUACUGAGUACGAGCAAGGCGUUUCCGGCGUUCAAGUUCCCCAGGUCAUAUUGAAGACCUGGGGUUUCAAUGUUCUACCAUUAGUUCAAAAUGUACUGGAUAUCUCAGAGGGCCAUGGAGAUUGUAUUCUGUGAGACGCUCUUGCUAUUUGCACAUUGCACCUGCCUUGAGAUCAACUGUCGCAACGCCAAGCGCUGUUACCCC